UCAUACUUUGUUUUUCUUCAUCUAUAUAUGCAGAACUGUCAAGCACUAGUAGUUAAAAUGAGAUGCUUGAAAAUAGGGUUAAUUAAUGCAUUGUGUAAUACAAGAAAAACAAUAUUCUGUACAUCAGCUUUAUGUACAAAUCAUCAUAAUGAAAAUGGAGCACCUAACAGAAAAAAUAAUAUCCCAUUUCCUAUUUUGGAUUUUAAAGUUGAUAAGCAUGGUGCAGACUUUAUGCAAAAUUAUGAAGCAUCAAAACAUAAAGAGAACUUGUAUUUGCAAAUCUUACAGAAGUCUUUGGCUGGUGGAGGUGAAAAGGCAAUCGAGAGACACACCAAAAGAAAUAAGAAAUUACUUGUACAAGAUAGAAUAAAACUCUUAUUUGAUGAUUGUACAAAAGACUUUUUUGAAAUGUCGCCCAUUGCUGGAUUGGGAAUGGAAUAUGGUGACAUUGCCAGAGCAGGAAUUGUUAUUGCAAUUGGUAAAAUUGUUGGCAGGUACUGUCUUGUAGUAGCCAAUGACGCCACUGUAAAGGGAGGUGUCGUAUACCCCAUUACUCUGAAGAAACAGUUACGAGCUCAGGAAAUUGCCGUACAAAACCGUCUGCCUUGUGUUUAUUUGGUUGAUUCGGGAGGAGCGUUUCUUCCUUUGCAAUCUGAGAUUUUCAAUCCAGGUGGUCAAGCAUUCUACAAUGAGGCAGUAAUGGGAGCUAAACAAAUACCUCAGGUUGCAGUUGUGUGUGGAAGCUGCACUGCUGGCGGUGCCUAUGUUCCCACAAUGGCUGAUGAAACUGUCAUUGUACAUAAGUCUGGAACGAUCUUCCUCGGAGGCCCCCCUCUUGUUCAAGCAGCUACAGGAGAAGUUGUCACAGCAGAGGAGUUGGGUGGAGCAACACUUCACUGUAGAGUUAGUGGCUGUACAGACUACUUUGCUGAGACAGAACCGGAAGCUUUUGAGAUGGCUCGAGAUAUAGUGACAAGUUUGAAUCUGCCUGCCCCACCACCACCACCCUGCACCCCGGUGGAUCCUCUCUAUGACCCAGAUGAACUGUCAGGACUGGUGCCUGUGCAAAACCAACACCAAAUGAAUAUGCAUGAGGUGAUUGCCAGGGUGGUGGAUGGCAGCAGAUUCCAGGAAUUUAAGAAACUCUUUGGACCCACUUUGUUAACGGGAUUCGCUUACAUCUGUGGACAUCUAGUGGGCAUUGUAGCUAAUCAAGGGGAGCUAACUGAAGUUGCAGCUGUAAAAGGUUGUCACUUUGUUCAGAUGUGUGCGGAGCGACACAUUCCACUGAUAUUUCUUCAGAACACAGUUCCAGACAUCCAGUCGAAAAUCCACGCUCAGAACACAGGCAUUUCGCUGAGUCAGCAAUUGAAGGCCCAGGCAGCCAUGUUGUCCGUUGUGAGUUGUGCUGCGGUGCCUAAGAUCACCAUCAUUGUUGGAAAUGGACUUGGAUAUACUCAUUAUGUUAUGGGUGGACGAGCUGUGAAUCCAAAUUUUUUAUUCACGUGGCCAAAUGCUGUUACUGGUAUGAUGGAGCCAGAAGCAUUGGCAAAGUUGAUCACUCAGGAAAAACUGGAGUCUACAACUACAGAGGAAGCUGUUGCCCUCCAGACCAAACUGACGGAAAGAUACACGUCAGAGAUGUCUACCGCAUUCACAUCGGCCAGAGUCCUAGAUGAUGGGAUAAUACUGCCUCAGGACACAAGAAAGGUGAGUUCACUCCUUGCUGGUUUUUGUUUCAUGAGAGAGAGAGAGAGAGAGAGAGAGAGAGAGAGAGAGAGGGAGAGAGGGAGGGAGGGAGGGAGGGAGGGGGAGGAAGAGAGACAGGCAAAGACUAAGGUUUCAAGCAUGUCUGUCACAGGCCAGGUCUCUGGAUAGCCCAUUGGUC